CACAAAUUUCUCAGCUUUAUCGACCAGUCGGCGGCGCUGUUGCAACCGGCAACCGCCGCCGUGCACCUCACCCCACCACCCCCGCCCACACCAUCGCAUUCUUUUCUUUUUUUCUACUCUACCGUCCGUAUAUAAUUCUUAUUCUGUCGUACGCUCUUUUCAUCCUUGUCUUUCCCACAUUGAAUUCGGUCGCUGACGCCGUCUCCGUCCCUUUUGCAGAACCACGACGCGGGCAACAGGUUAUAACGUGCACGAGACGCCGGCUCAUGUAUGAUUUCCAAGCGUUAUAUCACAGAAUUUUUCAGGAGCAUGUCUGUGUUUGCCGGUCGUAUGGACAGACACAAAGGUGUGGUGUUCACAUCGACAGCGGUCGAAGACGAAAACCCUGCGGAAUUCCAUUUGAAGCUGUCGAGGUCUCUAAUUAAAUGGUCGGAGGAUGAACAGGUGCACUUAGCGUGGUUCCGGGUGGAUCGUCAACAUGCGCAAUGGAUUCCUGAAUUGGCCCAAAACGAUUUCCGAUUUCAUCGAACUUCCCCGGAUGGGAACGAGCUGUGGAUGUACAAAAGGCUGAAAGGAAAUAAUAAGAAGGAGGGCGUCGUUGGAGUAGGCGCUCCCCACACUUACACGGGUGCGGGUGGCCUAGUGAUUCGCGACGACCAUCUGUUAGUUGUCAAAGACCAUGGACUACCACUUUGGAAGCUGCCCGGUGGCUACGUAAACCCUGGAGAAAAUAUAGGUAAUGCUGCAAUUAGGGAAGUGUUGGAAGAAACGGGUGUUCAAUGUGAAUUUGAAUCUCUGGUGGCGUUCAGACACGUUCUAAGUGGUAGUUUUGACUGUGCUGAUCUGUACUUUGUCACGAACUUGCGACCUCUGACCGAAGAAAUAGUCAUCGACGACGACGAGAUAAAGGAAGCACGAUGGAUGAAGUUUGAAGAUUUCUUGGUCAAUCCAGAAGUAGGUGAACACAGUCGAUUGUUUUUAAAAGUUUAUUUGGAAAACAAAAAAUUAGGAUUGGGACUUGAACAUAAAAAAAUGGUGCAUCAGCUGACCAACAAGGAGUUCAUAACAUACAUACCAAAUAAUAUCGAUUUCAAUUUGAGGAAAAAAUAAUAAUUUUUUAAGGCUUUAUAUUAGCAAAGUAUUGGUGUUGGUUCUGUGGUUAAUGUAUACGUAAAUGGAUUUUUUGAAAUACGCCUAACAUAAUUACUGUUAUAUUUUAUUUUAUUCGUAUUAAAUAUGUUCAAUAAAAUUUGGUUAUUUUUAA